AGGUCCGCUUUAUCCCGAUGAUUUAAUCAUGUGAUGGAUUGAAGAAGCAUAUUUUUUUUAUCAACAUGAAGUCUGAUUUUAUUGAGAGAUAGUUCAUACCGAGGCAGUGUCCAGGCUGCUGACGGGGAGGAAUGCACAGAGGAGGUCAUUUUCCCCGGACUCGGGUGGUGGGAGGCAACGGCCCCCGCAGUGUUGUUAGCUAGCUAGCGAAACAGAAGAACUUCCGGAUGAUAUUUUCAAAAUACAUAAAUCUCCGACGAGAACAGGAUUCGUUUGGUUGAAGUUCUCGACACAAUAAAUUAAUUGAUACACUUAAACCUAUCCUAAACGAAGACAUGGUUUGCUGUAGACGAUCAACAUGUACUGUCCAACACUGACAAACAAGAAGAAGCUCUUGUAGCUGGAGGAGGAUUGCCUGCCCUAACCUUUCCUCCUCCUGGCCCUCUUGGGAUCAAUGACCGGACCCAACUCCCCAAGCCGGACCGGCACCUCCUCAGCCAAGCUGAGCAGGCAUGGCCGGUCUAAGAGCUCCAGCUCGCACUGCCUCCUCCGCUGCAGCACCCAUGAGGAGUCCUCCGCCUCUACCCCUAAUAACAGCUCCCGGUCCCCUGGGGAGGAAGAGGAGAAAGAUGGAGGGGUUCUUUUCUACGUUAACAGGACCGGUUUUCCCAUCGAGAGCGUAACCUGGGACAGGAUGUGGUCCCAUGUGUCUGCUGUGCACCCCGAGGGCCAGGAGAUGGUGGAUAGGAUACGCAAUGCUGCAUACCUUCCCAAGCAUCCUGUUCCCUCAGUCCCGACCUUCAAACCGUCCAUGUCGGUCCCAGACUGGCUGGUGGCCAUCCAGAACUACAUGAAGGCUCUGCAAUACAACCACACAGGGACACAAUUCUUUGAGAUCAAGAAGAGCCGUCCGCUGUGUGGGUUAAUGGAGACAGCAAGAGAGAUGAUCAGAGAGUCUUUGCCAAUCAAAUGUCUCGAAGCCGUCAUCUUGGGAAUCUACCUGACCAACGGGCUGACGUCCCUCGAGCGUUUCCCCAUCAGCUUUAAGACACAGUUUUCGGGCCACUGCUUCCACCACGUCGUGCUGGGCGUCUACUGCAACGGCCGCUACGGAUCACUUGGCAUGAGCCGCCGCCCCGACCUGAUGGACAAACCACUGACACACCGCACACUGGGAGAACUGGUAGCUGACUUCGAGAGCUCCUACAAGAGAUACCAGCACACUCUGAAGAAGGUGAAGAUCGGCCUGUAUGUGCCUCACGACCCACACGUCUUCCAGCCAAUCGAGUGGAAGCAUUUGGUGCUGAAUGCGGCCCGACUGGGACCUCAGGAGAUGAGGAAGGAGCUGGAGAAACACGGCCGGGACAUGAGGAUGAAGAUCCUUAAAUCGUCGAGCGCUCAGUCGCCAAUCAAGGAGCGGAGCCGCGGGAAAUCCUUAUCACCACGGCGACGACAGAGCAGUCCCUCGCGACGCUUCACGCAACGCAGAGACAAAUCGCCGGCCUCGGUGGAGCGGAAACCUCCGGAGCUCAGCACCCUCAACGAUGGCUACCAGAUCCGCAUCUGAUCCCGUACUAUUUCCCCCCCCCCCCCGCCCUGAUCCUGCAGAGUCUCUUCCUGCCACCGAAGGUCUCAGGAGUCACUGCAGAGACUUUACACAGACGCUGCUCUGGUUUUAAUACUGCACUGUUCACCCGUUUAGUAGAGAUGAACCCAUGACAUCAUCAUCAUCACCAUCAUCAUCAUCAUCAUCAUCAUCAUCAUCAUCAUCAUCUUCACACCCCUCUGUAGCCUCACACGUCUGCGCAGCUCCUGCAGCACUUUGUCUUUAAGAAGACGAUCACAGAACGCAGGGAAAUGUGAGAAGGAGAGAAGAAGAGAGGGAGCGAUGCACUGAGAGGAUUCACUGCAGGAGACCAGACCAUUAGAGCACUGCGGCAACCCCCCCCCCCCCCCCCCCCCCCCCUCAUCCUCCUCUUCCCUCUGUUGACACAUAACUCAACACAUAACCACAGCUCUGUCCCAGCUGACGGUCAGAACUUCAACAGACAUGCAGUCUCUCCACACGUCUCUGAAGAAGUCCCUCUGCGUGUGACGUCUGCACAUAGGGAACCCUUUCAGACGUUACCUAACACUGAAACAUUAUUCAAACACACAAACCUUUUUAAAAAGGUGAACUUUUCACUGCUAUAAGUUACGAGAAGUCGUGUUCACAGUCUGACACACGGCCGCCUCCACGGCGAGCGGAUGUCAGCUGAUACCAAAGGUCACGACCUCUAGAGAGCUCACAACACUGUUAUUAGGAUGUUUAAAUCUCUGCGACAAAUAACUUUUGCUUUAAUACGUUAAGUUUGGUUCGGAGGCUGGUGCUCAGCAGCGUGCGCUCUGCGUCGUGUCCCACUUUGUUAAUUGUUAACGCAGCUUCUCAAUCAGUAACUCGUAUUUUCAGCUCUUCGCUCGACACCAACGAGAGUGAGGAAACCAUGAAGGUGAGCGAUGCCUCACAUUCAGUGUCUGCUUCAUGAUGCAUCAGGAGCUGAGAAGCUUGAACCUUCACCGUUCACACUUCAUCAGAUACAAACGCUUGAAACGUUGACAGCCAGUCGUUCUCACACGAUGCAGGUUAUAAGCACGUGCAUCCUGAAGUAUCUCCUGCUCUCUGUUCCUGUUACGUUCACACGGUGAACUUUAGUCUGGAGCCUUCACACUUCAGAGCAGCACUUUGGCGUCUGUACUGACUCGUGUUCAGCCUCACCGGGCGGUGACACGUCGACCAUCAGCGGGAGGAUUGAAAGUGUGUGUGCAGAGUGUUUCUGAUGUUGUCGUGUGAUUGUUUCACCGCUUCUCGCUCACGCUGUGUUUCGUUGCCAACUGAACAUUUCACCCGAGCUUUUUGUUUCCACAAUAAGCUAUGCACGCGCUGCGGUCGAGAAAUCCCCGUCUUCCACACGAUGGAGGAGGAAGAGGUGUGUGUGUGUGUGUGUGUGUGUGGCUCGAGCGACACACACACACACACACUAAUCGCCUUUUAAAACAUCUGUACAGAAAAUACAAAUCUUGGAUGAUAAGAACAUUUCUUAACGGUUUGGACCGUCGGAAAGACACAAAGACACAAAGACACAAAGACACCAGCUCAACAAGAAGCACAAAGCUGCUGGGGGGGGGGGGGGGUGCAACAUAUCAAACGGAGGUUCAACAGUUAACGAGAACCUUCUCCACCUUCUGUUCUGUGGAUCCCGACGACAGUGACUCCAUGUAGCAGCAUUAGAGACUUCUGUGCUUGACAAUUUAUCUUAUUGAAUGUUUUUACGUUUGUGUUCUGACUUCUCAAAUCGCGUGUAAUCGAGACGUUUGAUUGGUUGCUCGUGCACUCCUUGUAAAGAGGCAUUUGAAACACCGUGUAGUUGUCGCAGGUGUUCUCUUUCAUGGCCUUUUGAUUUGUUUCCAAAGUGCUGAUGUCGUGCGUCUCAACUCCAUGUCGGUCCUCGACUUACUGUCACUGGAGUCUGUUUGAAAAUCAGCGAUGAAUACGGAAACCAGGCCGCAGGCUGACGACCAGGAGGCCGCAGGCUGACGACCAGGAGGCCGCAGGCUGACGACCAGGAGGCCGCAGGCUGACGACCAGGAGGCCGCAGGCUGACGACCAGGAGGCCGCAGGCUGACGACCAGGAGGCCGCAGGCUGACGACCAGGAGGCCGCAGGCUGACGACCAGGAGGCCGAUCACUGAGAUCCAAACGUUCCCUGUUGCGUAUGAUAAUGAAAUUCUACAUUUUGUAUUUGUGCUAAAUUGACAAGAUAAAGUGUUUUCGUUUUUUUUUCUCCCAGAAGCCAAAACCAAAUUGAGAGCAACAUAUCUGAACAAUGUUUAGAAUAUAUUGAGUGGAUAUGAGGAAUGUCCCAGUGCCUCAGCAGUAAGAGUGUUAGCGCGUGAGAAUAUCUUUAAGAUGUUAUACUUCCACUUCCUGCUUUAGUGUUCCUGAUCAAACACGUGCUGAUUGGUUCUGCUUGUAAAGAACAUUUAAAAGCAGAACAAAGGGACACUCAUCCUUCAGUGUGUGUGUGUGUGUGUGUGUAACAGCACACACACACACUUAUUAUUUUAAAGAGCGCUUGUUCCCUGUGUGAGGACUUGGUGUGAUUUUGUAUUCCUGUGGAGAUCAACAGUAGGAGACGAUGUGACCUUCAGUAAAUAUUAUUAUUGUUACAGUGUCGGUGGUCUGACAGCAGCAGCAUGUCUUCUUUUAAUAAAUGAUCUAUGUUUUUAA